AUGGACCAAAUUACAGAUCAAACACGCGUCCGAGAACCAAACAUGAUUGGUAUUGACGUCAUUAUGGAAGACGAAGCUAUCAUAAUGACCGAUUCUUCUGUACCACCAGCCCAGAAACAGCCCUCAUAUACGCCUCAGUUCUCAUCAGAAGCCCCAGCCAUCUUAGACCGUCUGAACAGAAACUCUCAUGCAGUCAACAAUCAGAUCUCUGAGGAAGUUUCUGUCACAGCUUUGAAAGACACAUUGUCAAUACCUACGCCAAUCAAACAAAGCCAAUCGAUAUCAGCAGAUUCCCUCAAUGCAGGUAUAAAACGAAAGCGAGAAGAUGCAUCCGCGGUCGUCGAUUUCAACCAGAGCACAAUUCAUUUUCCAUGGAAUGGUCCUUCGCCUGCUCAGCAAGCUAGUCUUGAGACACAACGCAUAGGACAAGAAGCCCGAUGUUCGAAAUGCAAUAAAACCGCUCAGGUCGGUCCUUUGGUUGCAUGCAUUCGAUGUCUCGCAUCCUGGCAUCAGCAAUGCCAUUCUCCCAUGGUCAAUAACGAGGCCAUGGCUGCUUCAAACUUCACCUGUUCAGCAUGCACUGCAGGCCGAGAACAGGCUAUCAGACUCAGAGGCAAGGUCAGUCAACAACGGCAACAUGAGAUCGAUCGUCUUCGUCAGAAACGACUAUCUACUCUUCCCAGAGGAGUUGUUCCCGCAAAGCCUAGCCUUGUGGGUUUUGGCCCUGGCCGGGCUUCGGACUCUGCGCGAGCUGACUACUUUGACUCCAUGUCAAAGACGGAUCAACUUAACAUUCUGUCCUUAUGUGAUCAGUUGAAGCCAAACCUGCUUGUCAAUGUCCUCGUGUCUGUGUCGAAGCGACAUCCUGAUUUGCCGAUAUUUGAUUCGCCAGAAUGGGAUGGUCGAUUCUUCAACACCUCUCGCCCUGCAAAGGUUUCAAAGCAUGAUGAAAAACCCCGGCAUGGCCAUGUGCUCCAUAACAAAUCAAUCAAGCCCAGGCAAAAGACUACAAAGAAGAUACUCAAGCGCACUCGCGUUAUUGAGGUGAUUACAAGUGCGCCAGAGGAGGAUGAUGUGCAUGUCUUGCCACCAACAUGGGCAAAGGCUGGAGAGGGGAUGUACUCGAAGCUACCACCCGAGACAGUAGACAGAUUGUUUCUCAUGGAUGAGAACGAUGAAGAAUCGUUCAGUCAUUUCUUGGUAGACGGGGCGGGACGACAGAUUAUGGAGCCUGUGGGUGCUUGA